AUGUGUUUCAUUUUUUCUCAUAGAUUUCAUAUACAAUAUCAUACAAAAGAAAAACCGUUCCGAUGCGAGGAGCCUGGAUGCGACAGAAGAUUUUCUAGACGUUGCUAUUUGUACAGCCACUUGAGAAGACAUUCUAAGACUAAACCUUUUUCCUGUGAUGUUUGUGGAGCUUCAUUUGAAAGGUUCAAAAAGAAAUCCACACAUAUGCACGAGGAACAUCCAAAAAAACCACUUCUUUGUACUGUUGUCGGCUGCGGAAAACGAUUCAGGUGUAUCAGGUACUUCGAGAAACAUCUCCGAAAUAGUCAUGGUUUGGAACCAUCCAUUAUCAAACAAAAUCAUUCUGAACAAUUGACAGUGCAGGGAAAAACGGAGAAAGGGAAAAAAUUCAAAUUUCCGCAUACAAAGGGUAUGAAGACGAGUUUCCGGACACGUGAGUCAGAACAUAUAUUAAAUCAGACUGUUCCGAAAAAGGUUAGAGGAAGUCUGAAUAGAGUUACAGAUGUUCAAAAACAUUUUUGUUUGUUUUUGGCCAUUUUGACCAUUUUCAGGAAUCUGCAGCUCGACUGUAAAGCUGUUGAUCACUUUGAAAAUUUUAUGGGGUGUAAAACAAACCUAGAUUGA